GUGCCGCAAGAAUUUGAUUGUGUUUUAGACACCGAAACAGACAAUAGAGUGAGCGAUGAAAUACUCAAAUACCAGAAAGAGAUCCAAAAGAUAUCGUAUUUAUUGCGAGAGAAGAAUCUGGUUAUCAAUAAACUAAUGAUUGCCUUAUCUAAUCAGACCCAGGAAAUGAUUAAUUUAGAGAAGGCUUAUCACGCCUUAAGACAACAUAUCAUCGCGACUAAGAGCAAGUGAUUGUAAUAUUAAUAAUAAGUUACACAUAAUCUUCACUUUCAAACAAAUGAGCCGUCAAUUCAAUGCACUGAUGGAUAAUUCACAGCAAUUCACUCAAUAGUCUACAUCCUUAUACUAUAGCCAAAUGGGAGUCACUUUGAUUAUAAGACAGCAC